AUGGAGGGUGUUGCGGACAUCUCCUCAGAGCCUCUUUCUAGCUCGAAUUGGGAGGUCUACCAAGAUGCGUUUGCGCCGCCUCCACCGCGACGACGAGUCAAGCCCUGGGAACGUGCCCCAAUAACUGCACAUGCCCCGCGAUUACAGGGCCAGAAGAUAUGGAAGAAAGUUGGCAUCAAGUCCUACGAAGACAAGGAGAAUGAAGACUCUGCGCAAGAAGAGUUGGUGAAGGCUGGGACUGGGUCAAGAAAGAAGCCGCGCUUACGUGGCGCGAAAGAGAAUAUUGGUGAUGCGCAAUGGCUGGAUCCAUUACACCCCAGCGUCCAUGGAGAUAACUCGGUUGGAACCAUAAAGGAGGACGGAAGAGUUUCCAUAGGAUGUAAUGUCCCAGAAGUCAUCCAAAGGGUUACUCGAAAACGGACGAAUGCCGAUCGUUUUAUAUCGCCUCGGAAGCACCUACGCAGUAUCCCUCUUAUUCAACAAAGCCCAAAUCUCAGCCCUAUUAAACCCCUACAGCCGGUUAUAUACAAGCCUGGGCAAAGAAAAAAAUCGAUUCGUACAAGUGCCCCUAGGCUCAAUCCGUCAGAUAUUCGCACGGCCGAGCAGCAACCCGUGGAGCAAGAAGCGGCGAUAACUCCUAUUGGCGUCUUGGCUACAAGUGACGUGACUUCAGCGUAUCCCCACAUACUAAAUGGGGCCGGUCAAAGUGUCGAUAGGGAAGUUGCGGAGUCAGUUUCUAAUCAGCAAAAGAGUUCUGAGGCUAGCAUCAAUGCUGGCACACAUAUGGUUAAUUCACUUGUGGGAAAUACCCCACCAGCAGCUAGGUAUGAGCGAACUAGGGAAGAAGAACUUUUGCCCGUAGACGACUCGAAAGCGAAGGAAUCAAAUCUAGAAGAUCCAGUCCAACAUUCGGGAUCAGAAUCCGCCACCCAUAAUUUGGUGAAGGAUGCUGAAAUACUAGAUUUAGGGCUACCCCUAGACAAGAAACAAUAUGCUGUGGAGAAAAGGCAGUUAGAAGUAGGGAAUAUUGCUCCUAAUCAGGCGUCUAGUCCGUCCUCUCUAGAACCACCUCCUAGCACCCCUCCAAAACCUGAAGAGGCAGAUAUAUGUGGAAUACUUGAACAGGAAAUUCCAACUUUGCAAUCUCUCGACGGGGUUGCAGAUGCUGCCAUGGUUGUUCCUGGGGAAAUUUCCCCGGGCCCAAAAAAGCCACGAAGACGAAUAAGCCAACGGCUUAGUGCCCGUCGAAGCUCCAGAAUAAAACGUACCAGCUCAAUCCCAUCCGAAUGUAUUGCCGCUCAAGAAGCCGUGAUAGCUGAAACUUUCGCGCGACCUUAUCACCAAGCGGGUACACUAUUUGGAAAUGAAGCUGCCGCACUCCUCAUCAAAGUCAGUCCUUCGCCAUCUGCGGGUUUAUCAGACGAAAUUAAACGGCCCCAAUCCCCAAAUACGGCUGAGAUUCCUGUUUUGCAGACCAUCCUCCCUCCAAUGGAUCAAGAAAGGGAGGAGCCCUUCAAGGUUAUUGAGCCAGACGCGAGCGAGGUUGACGCUUCAGUACUACAGAGCAUCGAGAGCCCUUGCGAGGGCCAAUUGGAACCUCUUGAAGCCGAAGAGCCUGGCGAAAUCGGCGUGGAACUAGCUGCGCAAAGCCCGGAGGAGGUGACUACACAUGGCGAACCGGAACCCAUCAUAUUCCGCAGCCGCUCCAACCAUAAUUCCAUCGACGAACUCUUCUUGAAAAUGGGAACGGAUUCUACGUUAUAUGAUGAACUUGAUUCAUCUUCUGAUUCUACAGCACCCGAUGCCCAGCUUUGUGAUCAUUCAGGUUCAACUUUUUUGCCAGGUGUUGUUGCCUCCGUUGAACACAGUGAUAACGAGGCAACGGCCAGGAUUCUUGAAUCCUCGGAGCCUAACUCGGCUCUUUUAUUCAUAACAGAGUCACCGGUCGGAACGGCGAACGAAGGCGAAACAAAUGUUACCGGUACCAUUACUUCCGAGACUACCAAUGGCCUUGCCGAAACCACCACGCAAAACACGCCAUUCCCGAGCUAUGACCAUGAUGAUACUGAUAUGCUGCGAAACUUCCUUACGCGUGUCAAGGCGAAUAAGGCGGCCAAUGCUGGGCAGACCACUCAAAAGAGGAAGAGAUCAUUACCUCACUCCCCUCUUCGGCUUCCCCUUGGGGAUCCAGACGGAACCAAUGACUCGCCUUCCUCUCCGAGGGCUGAAGAUGAGUUGGAUGUGAGCCUGUCAACCUCGUCCCCGAGCAAAAGACUCAAGCAUAAUACACCCACGAGUAGCGCUGGCGAUAUCACCCAACCAAAGUCUGUUAGACGAAGUGGAAGGACAAGGCUCCCAGUCAAGGCGCCCCUAGCAGCUCCGUCCUUCAUCCCCGUUCGUAGGAUAGGUCAGGAAGGAGACAACACCAUCACUUUGAAAAGGAAUGAAGAGAAGGAGCUCGCUGCAUUGACGCGUGUUAACACACGCAAGAACAAAGGAGGUGCUCUCUUUCCCGCGGAUGUUCUCACAAAGAAAGCAGAGGAGAAGGAUGACCCUGUCUCCCGUCAACGCGCCUUGAAAGAGGUAUUUGACGAUCGAUUGCAGAAGCAGAAGCGAGGGAAGAGCCGGAAGAGCGUCGUCUGGGCAGAAGAACUGGCCCAGUAUCAAAUUAUAGAUGGUAAAAAUGUCAAAGUUAAGAAGGGGGUCGACAAAAAUAAGGGGAGACGAAAGGCAGCACUGGACGAGGAGCAGACCCCGGCGCCUCGAGUCAGAAUUAGGAGCAAGAUCGCUAUUGGAAUGGCAGCAAAUGGCACCCCGGCGCCAACGAGAAAGAUGCGCCGGCGUUCAUAA